CAGGUGACACAGUAUCACUCGGAAGGGCGUUUAGUUUCAACCUUUUAACUUCCCUUGAGUCAGCUUUGCGAGGGCCUAACAAAUACACAACUCCCUAAAAGUUCUCGUAACGUAAUAUAAAACCAGGUAUAUCGGCUAUAUAUACUUUGUAGCAUUUAAAAGAGGAUAUGUGGACCUUCGUCUUUGUUUGCCUUUCGAUCUCAGUCACAGGCCUGCAUGCCGAUUUUUCAGUUACUGUUAGUCCCUCAGUAAAAGUGAAAGAGAAUGAGGGAGUUGACUUGAAAUGUUCCUACACCGCUGACUUUGGAUCAGCACCCAGAGUAGAAUGGAAGUUCAAGGAUCUCAAGGGCUCUCAAACAUUAAUCUACUUUGAUAACAAGCCAACUGGUCAGUAUGCAGGCCGUAUCACUAUGCAUGAUGGAGGACUGAGAUUUAACAAGGUGACGCGAGCAGAUACUGGAGACUAUGACUGUGAGGUGUCUGGCAAUUCUGGAUAUGGCGAGAAUACCAUCAAACUCACAGUCCUUGUGCCUCCUUCCAAGCCCGUAUCCAGAAUUCCUUCAUCAGUCACAACAGGAAAUAAUGUCCGCCUGACCUGCUUUGAUGCAGAUGGCUCCCCUCCAUCCACCUAUAGGUGGUACAAAGACAACACUCCCCUCCCUGACGAUCCAACCAAGUUCCCCAGUUUUAAGAACCUCACCUACAAGAUGAACGUCUUCAAUGGUAACCUGGAGUUCCCGAGUGUGUCUAAGCUGGAUAGCGGUUCAUAUUUAUGUGAGGCCAGUAAUGGAGAAGGCGCUCCUCAGCGUGGAGAUACAGUGCACAUGGAAGUCCGUGAUCUGAAUGUUGGUGGUAUUGUUGCGGGGGUUAUUGUGGCUUUGCUGGCAGUGGGAUUGCUCCUCUUUGGUCUCUGGUUUGCCAGUAAAAAGGGAUAUCUGCCAAAAAAAGCAGAAAGCAAGCCGAAACAACAAGCUGUUUAUACACAGCCUAGAGCAGCUGAUAUGGAUGAUGGGGAUGGGGAAUUCAGACAGAAAUCAUCUUUUGUUGUGUAGUCUGUGCUACUCUGGAUGUCAAGAUUCGGUGCCUAGAUCAACUGUUUUCUGUUUGAGUUCAUACAAAUCAGGAUCAAUGUGUAUGUGAUGAGAUGUGCCUCCCUGCCCAGCUUACCACACUAGUUGACCAUAGAAAUGUCCAAAAGCAACUAUUGUAAAUGUGUGUGAGAAUGCAGAUUUAGUUUUAGGAAUCUAAAUCCUGUCUCUAUUUUGUAGAAAUUAAUAGAAAUGUAAUUUAUUGAACUAUGAUUAAUCUGUGAGUGGAACACAAACCUAAAGGGUUUAAGAUCAAUUCUUUAUUAAUAGAAUUUGCUCAGAUUAUAAUCAGUUGUUUAGUCUUGUAUGGACCGAGAUGUCCAAUGCUAUUUUUACAGGACU